AUGUACCACCGAUGUGUUUUGGCGCUUCUUGCCUUCGCCAUUUGCCUUGCUACAGCGGCUCCUGUACUUGCUCGAGCAGAAUCAGCUUUGACAAGUGAAGAUGCAUCCACACCUUCCAGUUUUCUGCAACUCGCUCUUCCUGUGGUCGCUUCCACAGAGUCUCAGACGGAGAGUGUAGAAGAAUCAUCAUCUUCAACCACAUUUGGCACGAGAAAACUUCUCAAUAUCUUGCAAAGAUAUAACAAUGGGUGGUCGUCAUCCCCACUACCCAGCCAUUCAUCAACAUCCCUUCGCCGCCGGUUCACUCGUAGGUAUGCCCAUUGA